AUGGUCCGCGUCGCUGAAAUGAGGUUGGCUCGCCGAGCUGCUGCCGCAGCCACUGCGUGCGCGGCCGUCGCGGCCGUCGUCAGCCUGAACGACGCCGUCGCUCCCGUCGCGGUCGCGGGACUUCUACACGCGGAAGAAGGCGAGCCGAUGGACCCGGGCAAGCCGACGCCGUCGACCUCCUCUGAGCUGCAGCGCUACCUGGACGGCAUCUGCAUGGAGAAGUUCGCGAAGCUGUGCUCUGAGGGCAAGGGCAUGUACUGCGCCACGGACGUCGCGGUUGCGAGAAAGGGGAAGGGCACGGCCGAGCAGACUGAAUUCGAGUGGCGAUGCUACGACGACAGGCGCCUGGGCACCGAUAGGAGCGACGUGCAGUGUACCGACAACUGCGGCGUCCUCUUCAACUGCAGAGGCAGCGUGAAUGCGGCGGCGUCGGUGCACACGACGGUGCCCGAACUGGGCCUGGAAGUCCUCAACAAGGCGUCUGAGUUUUGCAGUCCCCAACAGCAACUCCUCAACAACUACUGCGACAACAUCCACGGGGGAUGGGUCGCGCGCCGCGGCGUCCUCUCCGCCAACGACAGCGACAAACGAUGGAGCUGCUACGACACGAACAAGCUGGAGUACCGCCUUCACAGCGAGUGCGUGGACAACUGCGGCCGGUCGCAUUCAUGCCCUGGCGGGCGCACAGGCCCGGAUCGCGCGAAUCUGGACGAGAACGUGGACUACGCGCUGAUUCCGGAGGCGGCCUCGCUGAUUGGCAGCGAGCUGCCGUGCGAGAAGUCGCUGGUGUGCGUCGCGACGCUGCACAACCCGCCGCGGUGCGUGAGCAUCAGCGACGCGGACGUGGUGAUGAGGGAGGAGCGGGAAGAGCAGGAGAAGGAAAAAGAGGACGUUCUGAAGGAAGACGCGCGGAAAGCGGCGGCGGUGCGAGGUGGGGGCGAGGCGCCGCCGCAAGACAAGCGGCUGCCGGAGCCGCAGUUCCACAUUCCGCGCAAGGAUGAGCUCGGGCAGACAGACGCCGACGUGGCGAGCGUGGCGUCUCUCCAGGGACUCCUGAACCUCAAGUGCGCCAGGGAGUUCCGCUGGCUGUGCAAGACGCAGAAGAUCGACGAGUUCUGCGUCGACGAGGCCGUCGUCGCCCGAAAGGACUACGGCGUCUACGCGGAUACUGCGGCACCCAUAUGGCGAUGCAUGUACGAAAACAGCAUGGACAGCGACUUGCUGAGCAUCUGCGUGGAUGACUGCGGCCAACUGAUGACCUGCGAAGGUGGCAUCGACCCCACCAAGGUCGUUCACGCGCGGUGGGAGGCGCUGGAGAUCGUCGCCAAAACCCGCAAAGUGGACUUCUGCAGUGGCGCCACACAGGCGAGGUUGUCUGAAGCUUAA